GUCCCACCCAAGAAAUUCUGCAACGCCAAAAGGAAAAACGCGAUAAAUUGGCAGCCGCGCUACGUAAUUAUAAAAAACGUUUGGGCAAUGUAGAACAAGAAAUAAAUUUACUUACUGGGACGAUACCUACACAGGGUCUAUCCGAAAGACUGGAUGAGGAAAUAACAAAAUUGAGGAGAGAUUGUCAAGACAUGCUUAGAAGUAGUAACCCCUUUACACAACCGCCAUUACAACAGGAACUAGCAAUAGAUCAUCAGCCACAACAAAGGCCACCACAACCUCAACCAUUCCCAAGACAAAGGAUGACACGUCCGCCGCCAAGGCCACCACCACCACGUCAAACUAGUCUAGAUAUAAUACAACAUCAUAGUCAAACAUCAACGCCACAUACACCACCUGCCGCUUCAUUACCAAAUCUAAAUUUCUAUAAUCCACCACAACAACAACAACAGCAAAAUCACAACAAUUCUUUAACAAUACCCUCAUACUAUCACCAGCAAUCGGCUCCUUUUGAACAGCAAUCAUUUGUAUACAGAUCACAGUAAUUUCGUCAAUCAAGAGCCCAUAGUCGAUGAUAGUGAAGAGGAGUAUGAAGAAGUGAUCGAACAGCCCUGGGAGUGCAGUAUGUGUACAUUCCGUAAUCAUCCACAAUUGAAUAUUUGCGAGGCGUGUGAGAACGUUAGAAUACCUGGUAGGCUAACAAAUUUAUCUCGUGCUAGAUCGGCCACAAAUUGUACUAACAUAGCUGGAGCAACGCGCUCACCAGCAGGCGCACCCUUACAAAUCUCUGG